UACCAUUUAUCAGUAUCAUCAGUUCCAUUAUAUACAGUUAUGUCGAAGAAGUACUGAAUAUAUUCUUCUCCAAUAACAAGAGCUGUAACACUGCUUUACAGUUUAUUUAUUUUGCAGUCUGAGGAUUUUUACUUAUUUUUAUUUUUUGUAUCAUUUUUCAAUGGCAGCUACCGGAGAAGACUCAAAACUUGAAGCAACUGACAUUGUACUGGAAUCUCCAGAACAGGAGCAGAUUCUAAACAUACUGAGUCGCUCACAGCGUGGACGAAUGGAUGAACAGUGCUGCACUUUGAGUCCUGCUAAGACCGCACAAAUAAAAACUACACCUACGGACUCAAGCAAGGAGAAAUCAUCCCAUAAUUCUGACAGAAAAAAUGGACAACACCUAGACCCACGGGUGUCAUUGCCUGGAUUUAACUACCAGGAACCUGGAAGUAAUAACCACCACGGCUCUGCACCUCAGAUCUCUUUGACUGAGAGUACUCCAGAGAGAAACAGGAGGCUUCUGGGGGUGCCAGGACACGAAUUACCUGUUCCCUCUGACCGUGCCCGCUCCAAUUCCAUAAAGGAAGAAACACAUGAGGAACAGCAAAGGUUUCUGAAUAUGAUCACCCAAGGGCAGCGUGGACGUAUGGACGAUCAGAGCUGCUCCUUGGAUCCUAGCAGGAGUGCUCCUUGCACACCCAAACACACCGAUAGAAAGUCUGCUUCACUGAACACAGAUUCUGAAAUGCUCUUCAACCUACUGGCCAGCACUCAGAGUCAGCGGCUAGAUGACCAGCGAGUCUCUCUUCCAUCAUUACCUGGAUUACAGAAGGAAAAAAACACUUCUGAUGGAGAUUCGAGCUUCUUGUAUAACAUGGUCUCCCAAGCCCAGGGUUCAAGAAUGGAGGACCAAAGGUGUUCGCUACCUCCAACCCCUUCACGGUCAACCUCCUUAAGUCCCAGCUCAGACACAGAACGACCAAAGAGUAAAGAUAAAACAUCAGAAAAACAGGUCGUGACUGCGAGUGAACAGGAAGAUUUUUUUAACUUAAUGAGUCAUUCACAGCGUGGCCGCAUGGAUGAACAACGAUGCGUCUUAAGUGUUACUCCCCAGUCAACACCCAAACAUCAGCUCAGUCAGAACACACAGCCUCAAGAUUCUGAAAAUUUCUUCAGUUUGCUGGCCAACUCACAGGGCCGACGCAUUGACGACCAAAGAGUGACUCUUCCUUCAUUACCAGGCAUUCAGAAUGGAGGGACCACAUCAUCGUCAACGUCAGCUGCUGCUGAGAUGGAUGCAAGAUACUUGUGUUACAUGGUUUCCAAAGUCCAGGGCUCUAGGAUGGAUGAACAGAGAUGUUCUGCACCACAAAUAUCCCAGAAUCUCGGUACCCCAUCCCCCCAGAGGAAAGACCAUCUCAAUUCAGACACAUCUCUCCGGAGGUCUGCCUCCUUAAACCGUAGUAAAACUGAUGACCACCGGCAGGAGACGUCUGAAGCGGAGCAGGAGCAGUUCCUUCAAAUGAUCAGUCAUGCACAAAGUGGCCGUAUGGACGAGCAGCGUUGCUCUUUACAACCCAGCAGAAGCACAUCUGCGACCCCCACACACAAUGGAAGUGCUUUAAAUAAUGUACCCACAGGUGCAGAAGCUAAUGCGUUCUUCAACACGAUUGCCUCCAGUCAAGGAGGACGGCUCGAUGAUCAGCGCUUUACACUUCCUACGUUGCCGGGGAUAGGUGGAAAUUCUGAGGGGAAAAAAAAUGCUCGAAGUACAAUGGCUAAAAUCCCAGCCUCUCCACCACACAUCAUGGUGCCUGAGCGUACACCACAAACAACAAAGAAGACCUCUUCUAGCCCUACAUCUCAACCCCAAAGAGCUUAUGCAGAAUCUGGCUCUGUCGGGACCAUACCUAAAUCUGCUUCAUUUACCCCAGAGACAGAGAAUCAGAAGAAGCUAAAUUCCUCAGCUCAGGUGACAGUGAGGGUGUCAAUGAGCUUCACACCACCGCAGGGACAAACGGAAGCCAACCAGCCAGUUACAUUCCCUGAGGUCUACUUAACACUUGGAGCCCCAGGAGAUAAUCUUGUGAUUCCUCUGAGUCCAGUCCCUGGCAGACCCCUGUCCCUUGACUUAAACCUGGUCCCAAAGGAAGAUGUCAAUUCUAGACACUGCUCUCCAACCUAUGUAAGUCCCACGAAAGCCCACUCAAAGCCAUCAUCUCCCAAUCAGCGUGCAAUCAGUAAAGCACAUCCUGUAACUGCAUGCUCACAGGAAGAGGGGAAGAUUGUGACCAGCCCCAUCAGUCCAGAUGAAGACUGCUUCUCCCUUAUUGAAAAGAUUCACACAGCCCAGCUGCAGAAAGGAAUGGCUCACGGAGGACAAAAAAUUAAAGAGGAUCUUGAUAAGGGGAAGGAUAAGGCAGAGAGAGGGAAGGGAGCUGGAAAGAAGGAUAAGAAGAACAAUGGCAAUAAACAAUAGGCAUGGAUGCCACAAAUAAUGACAAGUAGCUGCCUUGGAGAGUAAGUGAUUGAACAUUUUAAAGAUAAAAUUGUAUUUGUAGAUUUUAACACUAGUGAAAUGCUUCUGCUAGAGUAGAAACUUUAUUCUGUUCUUAUUGGGUUAUUUGUUGAGGUGUAAUUCUUCUCCCUUGCUAAUCAAAUGUUCUGUUACAGUAUAUGCAUUGUCUUUCGUUUUUCAAGCACAGCAGUGUACACAAGAACUCAUAGUUUUUUGUUUUUUCAAAAAGCAAAUGCAGUGUAUACGGAUAAAGACUGCUUUAUCUUUCGGCAAACUGUGAAACUAUGGCAAAAUGCACACUAUGGAAAUAACAAUAAAGACAUAAAUGCCAAACCUAAA